CCGUUCACAUGCCAUUUUCGCAAUCUCAAUGGAACAAAAACGAACACCUCAAACAUCAGCUGGUGAUGAUGCUGAUGAUCUUCUGGUUGCGAAGCUUCACUUGGUAGAUCUUGCCGGCUCUGAAUGUGCAAAACGAACUGGUGCAGAUGGGACUCGCUUGCAGGAAGGUAUUAAUAUCAAUAAGGGUUUGCUGGCUCUUGGUAAUGUUAUUAGUGCCUUAGGGGAUGAGAAGAAGAGAAAGGAGGGUGGUCAUGUUCCUUACCGUGACAGCAAGUUAACACGGAUACUGCAGGAUUCUCUUGGUGGAAACAGCAAAACAAUCAUGAUUGCAUGUAUCAUCCCCGCUGACACAAAUGCUGAGGAAACACUUAAUACCUUGAACUAUGCAAACCGUGCAUGGAACAUUCAGAAUAAAGCAAUUAUCAACCGUGAUCCUGCGGUGGCACAAUUGCAAAGCAUGCGGAGUCAGAUUGAACAAUUGCAAGCAGAGUUGCUUUACUUUCGCGGGGACUGUAGUGCACCAGCUGAAGAAAUCCAA